AUGUCCUCCUAUCUACACCAUCGGCGACCUUCACAGAACAUUGACCAGGGCCAGGCGUACGAGCUCGGCCACACCAGCAAAAGUGUGGGCGUUGAUAUUUCAGAGACUCAUGAUGAAUCCAAACAACCUCCACCUGCUGUGCCGCCUACGCUCGAAUCUCAAGUCAGAGUACGAAGACUAUUCAGUGGUGCUCAACUGUUCAUGUUCUCACUGACCAACAUGGGCUUGUGGGAGGGGAUGUGCACGAACAUGUAUUUUGCGCUUUACGAAGGCGGCCCAUAUACCUUCUCCUGGAGUAUCUUGAUCUGCUUCUUCGGAGCAAUUUCACAAGCAGCCUCGAUCGGCGAGAUGGCCAGUAUAAUUCCAAUCGCAGGGGCACAGUACCACUGGACGUGGCAUCUGGCGCCUUCAAAAAUCAAGCGUUUCGCUACUUAUAUGCAGGCUUGGUUCACAUGGUUUGGUUACAUAUCGUUACUUGCGGCUGUCGCAAACGUUACCAUUAUCCUCCUGGAAUCACUGGUGGGGUUAAACAACCCAAGCUAUGUCGCGCAAGGUUGGCACACCGCACUCCUAGUGAUUGCAAUGUGCACACUUCAGGCAGGCAUGAAUAUGUACCUCUUCUGGCUCAUUCCAUGGGUUGAGUUCGUUGCUGGCAUUCUGCAUAUAUGUCUGUUUGUGGUCUUCCUUGUCGUGUUGGCAGUCAUGGGCAAUCGACACAGCGCAUCCUUCGUCUUCACCGCACGCAAUACCUCUGAGAUUCAAUCAGGUUGGACUAACCAAUUUGUCUCCUUCCACCUCGGUAUGCUGACCUGUGUUUGGUCGUUUACAGGAUUUGACGGAGCUAUCCAUAUGAGCGAGGAAGUACGAAAAGCGAAAUCCGCUGUGCCAAGAGCCAUGUUCUGGUCCAUCUUCAUGAACGGACUCCUCGGAUAUGCAAUGGUCAUUACCAUCCUGGUCGCCAUGGGAUCUGUCGAGGACGCCCUGAACUCAAGUAGUCCCAUCGUCGCCAUCCUGAUGGAAGUGACUGGGUCAUCAGCAGCUACUACAGCAAUGGUAACAGGCCUGUUCAUCAUCUCCUUCGCCAUCAACAUGGGCAUGAUCGCAUCAGUUUCUCGGCUAACAUGGGCCUGGGCCCGAGACGGUGGCUUACCAACGCACUUCGCCUAUGUCGAUCCCAAACACCGCGUCCCAGUCCGUGCAGUCUGGAUCGUCACCCUCCUCGUCUGCAUCCUCUGCCUCCUCAACAUUGGAAGCUCAAGCUACAUCGCCUUCGGCGCCAUUACCUCCCUCUCCUCCCUCGCCCUCUAUGCCUCCUACGCAAUUGCCAUCAGCAGCAUGUUAUACGCACGGUACUCUAGCAAGGGCACCCUGCAACUAGGAGAAUGGAACUUUGGCCGAUGGGGACCAUAUAUCAACAUGUUUGCUUUGGUGUAUACGUUGUGGAUGUGUGUUUUCUUGCCGUUCCCGUCGAGUUUACCUGUUACUGGUGCGAACAUGAAUUACUGUGGACCGGUGUUCUUGUUUGUUGUGGUUGUGGCUCUGGUGCUUUGGGUUGUAAGUGCGGGUAAGAACUGGCAGGGUCCGAAUAUUACGAUUAUGGAUUUUGUGAUGGCUCAGUCGUAG